AUGGCGAGCUUUCGAAUCGUACCACUUCUGAGUCUUCCUAUUGACGUCAGGGAUAUACAGCAGACAGACAGCAACAGGCCCACAGACGACUUCAACAUCAAGGUUCUCCAGGCCUUCGUGGAGCUGCAUGAGUUUGCGGACCUCAACCUCGUCCAGGCCUUACGGCAGUUUCUGUGGAGCUUCCGUCUGCCAGGAGAAGCCCAGAAGAUCGACCGAAUGAUGGAGGCCUUUGCUUCCCGCUACUGCCAGUGUAACCCCGGGGUCUUCCAGUCCACAGACACAUGCUACGUGCUGUCAUUCGCCGUCAUCAUGUUAAACACCAGUCUGCACAACCCAAACGUCCGGGACAAGCCCCCCGUGGAGCGCUUCAUCUCCAUGAACCGGGGCAUCAACGAGGGGGGCGACCUGCCGGAGGAGCUGCUGAGGAAUCUUUACGACAGCAUCAAAAACGAGCCGUUCAAGAUCCCCGAAGACGAUGGCAACGAUCUGACGCACACGUUUUUCAACCCAGACAGAGAGGGCUGGCUGCUGAAACUAGGCGGCCGCGUCAAGACGUGGAAGAGGAGGUGGUUUAUUCUCACAGACAACUGCCUCUACUACUUUGAGUACACCACAGACAAAGAGCCUCGGGGAAUAAUCCCUCUGGAAAAUCUCAGCAUCAGAGAAGUGGAUGAACCCCGGAAACCUAACUGCUUCGAGCUGUACAACCCAAGCCACAAAGGCCAAGUGAUCAAGGCGUGCAAAACCGAAGCGGACGGGCGUGUGGUGGAGGGCAACCACGUGGUGUACCGGAUAUCAGCGCCCACGCCAGAGGAGAAGGAGGAGUGGAUCAAAUCUAUCAAAGCCAGCAUCAGCAGGGACCCAUUCUACGACAUGCUCGCCACCAGAAAAAGAAGGAUAGCCAAUAAAAAAUGA